UUUUUUUAAUGAAAAGUAUCCCUUGCAAAAUGUGUCAUCCUUAUUUGAAGGCAAGGGUCUACACACAUCGUCAGUACGCUCCAUACUCUGUUCACGAGAACAUCGGAACUCGCCCUGAUUUUCUCGAUGAAAAUGGAGAAGAAACUAACGGAGCACAUGGUGGAAAACAUGGCCAGGUGCAGGGACUAUGCAAAUUAUCAAUUUAUCUGGCUGCGACAUCACUCUUUGCCUCAAGAUGCCGUACAUAGAGGUCCUUGCGCUCAGCAUGAACAAGAUCACUACUUUGAAAAGCCUGGUGAAUUGCACUCGACUGAAGGAGCUGUACUUGCGCGAGAACGAGAUAGCAAGCUUUGAUGAGCUGAAAUACCUGGCCAAUGCCAAAUCCCUGACAUCCCUCUGGCUGCUGGACAAUCCGUGCUCUAAUGCCGCUGGCUCCAAGUAUCGGGCAUCUGUGCUACGAAUACUGCCGAAUCUGAAGAAGCUGAACGACGUAGAUGUUGACGAAGAGGAGCUGGAAGCCGCUUUGCGGGACGAGUGCCUUUCGGAGGUACGGAGUGCGAUCCUUGAUCCUGUUUUGAAUUCGCGCAAUUGCAGUCCCAAAAACAUGACAUAUCGCGAUAUGAUCAAACAGGCCGAUCGGAUUACAACUAGGAUUGCCAAAAACCUUUUCGAGAUGCUCAAUUCGCGACGUCAAGAUGCGAUGGCCCCACCCGGCUAUCUGAUGCCCAAUGUAUUCUCUGAUAGAGAUCAUAAAUAAGUCAUUCUAAUUUACCGAUCUACUACAUUCGCAUUAUGUGUAGUUAGUUGGCAUAUUUCGAUUUUAAAGCAAUACUCAACCUUUGAUUGAUUAAUUUCAAUAUUUAAAGUAGGAAGUCCGUGGAAUGCACUCGUCAUUUGGCGUCUUUGGCCAGAUGAGUUUGGGUUUGCAGCUACCAGGAAAUUUCAGGCCGUGAUCAUGAUAGCGAUCAUGAUGGCCAUCAGGUAAACACAGCGACUUUUCCGGCUUACAACAAAGGGCGACUCUUGCCAGUCGUAAAUAGAGUUACAUGCCACAUCGGAAUGGCAAAUCCUAGGUUUGUUUCUUGCUUUCUUAGCUGCUUUGUUUGUUGGUUUUUUGUCACCGACACCAGGAGACAUGUGAGACCUGGAAAAGAUAGGGAAACAGACGCCACUCCUCCUCCUCCUCCACCUCCUGUCCAUCGUCUCGAACAAUUAAAAGCCAGUUAGGUGAAUUUGAUGCGGGACGGGCCAAAAAAAAAGAAGUUGUUGAAUAAUUAAU